GCCAUAUAUAUAUAAUAAGAAGUGUGACAUUAACUCUAAAACAACAUUUAUAUAAAGAGAGAAGAAGAAGAAGAAUAGAGAAUUAUAUAACAAACUAUAUACCUACUUAGGAGAAAGGCAAAGAUGGAAUGGAGAAAAUGCUAUUUGGAUGUGAUUUUGGUUCCUUUGAGUUUUCUAAUUAGCAUUGGUUAUCAUUUAUGGCUUUGGCAUAAGGUUAGAACUCAACCACAUUCAACCAUUGUUGGAAUCAAUGCUAGUGGUAGAAGAAAUUGGGUUAAUGCUAUGAUGAAGGACAAUGAAAAGAAAAACAUCCUAGCUGUUCAAUCACUAAGGAACACAAUAAUGGGAGCAACCUUAAUGGCCACAACCUCAAUUCUACUAUGUUCAGGUCUAGCAGCGGUUAUAAGCAGCACAUACAGUGUGAAGAAACCACUCAACGAUGCAAUUUAUGGAGCACAUGGAGAAUUCAUGGUAGCACUAAAAUAUGUCACACUCCUCACAAUUUUCCUCUUCUCAUUCUUCUGUCACUCUCUUGCAAUAAGGUUCAUAAACCAAGUCAACAUUUUAAUCAACACACCACAAGAUCCCAUGUCCCUUGUCACACCAGAAUAUAUUUUUGAGAUUUUGGAGAAAGGUUUCAUUUUGAAUGCUGUUGGUAAUAGGCUUUUCUAUGCUGGUCUUCCUAUGUUGCUUUGGAUCUUUGGUCCUGUCCUCGUUUUCCUUUGCUCUCUCACUAUGGUUCCUGUGCUUUACAAUCUUGAUUUUGUCUAUACAUCUGGGAAAGGAAAGAUGAAUGUGGAUCAAAACGAGGAUUUUGUUUGAAUAUUUCUAAUAAAAUAUAUAUCAUGUAAUAUUAUUAUAAGCUUAUAUUAUAUAUAUUAUAUAUUAAAAAAAAUGAAGAGACCCUUUUAAAUUUUAAUAUUGUGACUGCAAUUGUUGCACUAUAUGUUAUUGAAUUGUUCUUAGUCAACAUCCUUAAUGAAUUAAAGUUUUGUUAA